UAAAGCUAUUUCAGGAGUUUCGUUUUCAUUUCCUGGCCCGACGCUGUGUUGAUGUCGCCACAUUGAGGAGACAUGGCAGGCUUGGAGGUGUUGUACACCUGUGUCGCAGGUAGCGUCGGCUGCCCGCAGGAUGCCGUGGUGUGUUUCGUUCACUGGGAAAUGAUAAAGAACGGCUUCAGGUGUGUCGGCUCCGGGGACGAGCCUCGCAGCAGCGAUAAGAAGUCUGAGCUUCUGCCAGCAGACUGGAGCAGCAACAAGGAGCUGUACAGCCUCCGCUACAGAGCCACCGACUCAGACACACAUCUGCUGCUCAAAGCCAUCACUGUGGACUCAGCCAUCAUCUUCAACCUAAUGAACUCCAGCACGCAGCAGGUGUCAGACUUGACGGUGAACGUUAGCGAUCACGUGAACGCCGAUCAGCUGCAGACAUUCGACAGCGUCUUCAAGGACGCGGUCAGUUUGUCAGAGAAGGUGAGGACUCAGCUCCUGCCCUCCCAGGGGAGGCAACCGGGACAGAAGGCGGAGCGGUCCAGCCAGAGGAUGGAGGAGGAGGAGGCCCAGAGGAGGCGGGAGGAGGACAGCGACCCCCUCCGGAUCCCCGGCAGACACCCCCGCCAAGGAACACAACCUCACUGGCCCGACCCCAUGGUUCCUCCAUUUGCAGCCGGGGGAGCUGAUCUGGAUCCUUUUGGAUCUCGUGGCGGUGGCGGGAUGAUAGUGGACCCGUUGAGGUCGGGAUACCCCCGGUCUGGUUUUGUACCGUCCAGCGGCAUCCCGGACAUCCUGCCCCCCGGAGCCGUCCCCCCCGGAGCUCGCUUCGACCCGUUUGGGCCGGUGGGACGCCACAGGCCGGGGCCGGAUCCGGACCACAUGCCCCCGCCGGGGUACGAUGACAUGUUCAUGUAGCCACAUUUCCUGUGUUUCUGAGACCGAAAAGUCUGAGUUCCUUCAGUGUUUUCUGACUUCUGAUUCCCAAUUAUUCUGACAGAAAAAACCAGUGAGUGAUUUGAAAAGAGAAAAAGGAAACUCUGUGACCACAGUAAACAUGUUUUGAACAUUUGUGGCUGUCUUUUGCUUUUAAACGGGCCCAUUGUGGAGCUCACACUCACCUAAAUACUACAAGAAUAUUAAGAUUGAAGUCUUCUUCUUUCUGAAUGAUUGAUCUUCAAAUUGAUCUCAUUCUUAGCAUUUAUUAAUAGGAGAACAUUUAUUUGAAUAUUUUGUAUUUCUGUUAGAUAUUUUGGGGGGGGUGUUGAUUGAAUAACACGGCUUUCUAAUUAUCUUCUGGCAAAAAAAAAGAAUAAAUCUCUGGCUUUACCCUCUG